AUGUCGAUACACGCCAAUGCAGAUGACUCUUGGCAUGGAGUCGUGAGUUCAGACUCACAAUUCCAACCCGAAAAGGGUCGCUACCAUUUAUACAUUGGACUUUUCUGUCCUUUUGCCCAUCGCGCCAACCUCGUUCGUCACAUCAAGGGCCUCGAGUCUAUUAUCGACAUCUCGAUUGUAAAGCCGUAUCCAAAGGGUGACGACAAGGGCUGGCCCGGAUGGCAGUUCCCAAGCUCACCUGAUGAUUACGAAGGCGCUACAGAAGACCAGCUCUUCAAGUCCAAGUAUCUUCACCAAGUCUAUUUCAAAGAUGAUCCAGACUACAAGGGACGAUACAGUGUACCAGUUCUUUGGGAUAAGAAACUCAAUCGGAUGGUGAACAACGAAAGCGCUGAGCUGCUUCGAUGGCUACCCACUGCCUUCGAUUCAAUCCUUGAUUCCAAUGCGCAAGGUCGAGACAUUGACCUCUACCCAGAGAGUCUACAAUCUACCAUUGACGAGAUCAACGUGUGGAUGCAACGCGACCUUAACAGCGGAGUCUACAAAGCCGGUUUUGCACCCACUCAAGAAGCGUAUGACAAUAACGUACCAACUGUCUUUGCGGCGCUCAACAAGCUCGAACAAUUGAUUUACAAGAACGGAGGUCCAUACGUACUUGGGAAAGACAUGACUGAAGUUGACUUGCGUGCAUACGCGACUAUCAUUCGUUUCGACGUUGUGUAUGUCAACCACUUCAAAUGCGAUCUUGGAACCAUUCGUGGAAACUAUCCAGUUAUCCAUGAGUGGGUGAAGAAUUUAUACUGGAAUGUGAGAGGGUUUAGAGAGACUACCGAUUUUAGACACAUCAAGGAGAACUAUACCAAGAGUCAUUAUGAUAUUAAUCCACGGGCUAUUACGCCUUUGGGCCCGUUCCCUCACAUCGAGGAUGGAGUUAACCUUGAUUUUGGUAAGCUCAAGCCUGGGUCGAUCCGUCAUCCUGCUGUACUUUCUCGUCAGAAAGAGCUGUAUGGCUCAUCUGAGGAGAUCCCUUCACACAUGUAA